GAGCGGGGUGUGUGUGUGUGAGAGAGAGAGAUCCGACACCCUGAAGUUCUCGGAACAGAAAGUAAAGUAGAGGAGAAGAGGCUGGUGGAGACCCUGUGCUUUAGUCGUGCAGCAGCAGCAGCUCAUCAUGCCGGUGUUCCACACUAAGACGAUCGAGAGCAUCCUGGAGCCGGUGGCCCAGCAGAUCUCCCACCUGGUCAUCAUGCACGAGGAGGGCGAGGUGGACGGAAAGGCCAUCCCGGAUCUCUGCGCUCCUGUAGCGGCCGUGCAGGCUGCCGUCAGUAACCUGGUCCGGGUGGGGAAGGAGACGGUGCAGACUACGGAGGAUGCUAUCAUGAAAAGAGACAUGCCUCCUGCCUUCAUAAAAGUGGAGAAUGCAUGCACUAAGCUGGUCCAGGCAGCUCAGAUGCUGAAGGCCGACCCGUACUCCGUCCCGGCGCGGGAUUAUCUCAUCGAUGGCUCACGCGGCAUUUUAUCAGGAACCUCCGACCUGCUGCUCACCUUUGAUGAAGCUGAGGUGCGUAAAAUCAUCCGUGUGUGUAAAGGCAUUCUGGAGUAUCUGACCGUUGCUGAAGUGGUGGAGAGCAUGGAGGAUCUGAUCACAUACACCAAGAACCUGGGACCAGGCAUGACGAAGAUGGCGAAGAUGAUCGACGAGCGGCAGCAGGAGCUGACUCAUCAGGAGCACCGCGUCAUGCUGGUGAACUCCAUGAACACGGUGAAGGAGCUGCUGCCCGUCCUCAUCUCAGGAAUAAAGAUCUUUCUGACGACGAAGACGGCUCAGAGUGCCGGGGUAGAUGAGGCGGUGAAGAACAGGAACUUCACUGUGGAGAAGAUGAGCGCGGAGAUCAACGAGAUCAUCCGAGUGCUCCAGCUCACAUCCUGGGAUGAAGAUGCCUGGGCCAGCAAGGACACGGAGACAAUGAAGCGGGCUCUGGCACUCAUCGACUCGAAAAUGGCUCAGGCAAAGAACUGGCUCAAGGACCCCAAUGCACCUCCAGGAGAGGCUGGAGAGCAGGCCGUGAGGCAGAUCCUGGAUGAAGCAGGGAAGGUGGGUGAGCUGUGUGUGGGUAACGAGAGGAAGGAGAUUCUGGACACAGCCAAAGGUCUGGGACACCUGACUGACCAGGUCGCAGAUCUGCGCGCCAGGGGUUCUGGUACGAGUCCGGUGGCCAUUCAGAAAGCACAGCAGGUUGCUCAGGGGCUGGACAUGCUGUCUGGGAAAGUAGCGAACGCUGCAGAUAAACUGGAGGCCAUGACCAACGCCAAAAACACACUCGCCAAGAAGGCAGAGGCAGCACAGGCCUGGUUAGCUGACCCCGCCUCCGGCCCUGAGGGGGAGGACCAUGUGAAGGCCGUUCUUGCCGAGGCUCAGAACAUCGCGGCUCUGUGUGACGAUCCGCGUGAAUACGACGACAUCCUGCGCAAUGUGAAUGAAAUCGGCGCUCUCACCGCCAAACUCUCGCAGCUCCGCAAAGCGGGUAAAGGUGAUACCCCUGAGGCUCGUGCCCUGGCAAAGCAGAUCGCCACGGCUCUGCAGAACCUGCAGUCCAAAACGAACCGUGCCGUAGCGAACACUCGUCCAGCCAAAGCGGCCGUUCACCUGGAGGGUAAGAUGGAGCAGGCGCAGCGCUGGAUCGAUAACCCCACCAUGGAGGACGGAGGAGUGGGUCAAGCUGCUAUUCGUGGGCUGGUUGCCGAGGGGCGUCGCCUUGCCAACGUGUUACCUGGCUCCCAGAGGGCGGAGCUUAUGGGAAAGUGUGAGCAGGUGGAACAGCUGAUGGGACAACUGGCUGAACUGAGUGCGCGUGGACAGGCUGAUACACCCCAAGCACAGGCACUCGCUCAGCAGCUCCAACACGCACUGAAAGACCUUAAAGGCAAAAUGCAGGAGACCAUGACACAGGAAGUGUCUGAUAUCUUCAGCGACACGACGACGCCAAUAAAGCUGCUGGCCGUGGCUGCGACUGCUCCACCAGGCACACCCCACAGAGAGGAGGUGUUUGAGGAGCGAGCGGCAGGGUUUGAGACUCACGCCGCGAGGUUGGGGGCGACAGCAGAGAAAGCAGCUGCAGUGGGAACGGCCAAUCGCGGUACGGUGGAGGGAAUCCACGCUGCCGUCAAGUCCGCCAGAGACCUUACGCCUCAGGUGGUGUCUGCUGCUCGCAUCCUGCUGAAGAACCCCGGGAACCAGGCUGCCCACGAGCACUUUGAGACCAUGAAGAACCAGUGGAUCGACAAUGUUGAGAAAAUGACCACUCUGGUGGAUGAAGCGAUAGACACGAAGUCUCUGUUGGAUGCGUCCGAGGAGGCCAUUAAACACGACCUGGAGAAAUGUCAUGUGGCUAUGACCAAUCAUCAGCCUCAGAUGCUGGUUGCCGGGGCGACGAGUAUAGCGCGGAGAGCCAAUCGGAUCGUGCUGGUGGCGAAGCGGGAAGUGGAAAACUCCGAGGAGCCCAAGUUCAGAGAGACACUGCGGGAGGCGGCUAAUGAGCUCAGCGCUUCAAUAUCGCCCAUGGUGAUGGGGGCCAAGGGCGUGGCCAACAACAUACAGGACCCGACUCUACAGAAAGGCUUUAUGGACUCGGGUUACAAGAUUUUGGCGUCAGUAGCGAAAGUGCGUGAAGCUUUUCAGCCUCCGGAGCCUGAUUUCCCUCCUCCUCCUCCUCCAGACCUCCAGCAGCUCAGCAUUAACGAUGAGGGCGCCCCCCCAAAGCCCCCCCUGCCUGAGGGUGAAGUCCCGCCCCCAAGGCCGCCGCCUCCUGAGGAGAAAGAUGAGGAGUUUCCUGAGCAGAGAGCCGGAGAGAUGGUCAGUGAGCCCAUGAUGGUGGCGGCGCGGCAGCUCCACGACGAGGCCCGCAAGUGGUCCAGCAAGGGUAAUGACAUCAUCGGUGCAGCGAAGCGCAUGGCCCUGCUGAUGGCGGAAAUGUCUCGGCUGGUGCGAGGAGGCAGUGGAAACAAGCGCGCGCUCAUCCAGUGUGCGAAAGACAUCGCCAAGGCUUCAGAUGAGGUCACACGGCUCGCUAAGGAGGUGGCCAAGCAGUGCACAGAUAAACGCAUUCGAACCAACCUGCUGCAGGUGUGUGAGCGGAUCCCCACCAUCAGCACUCAGCUGAAGAUUCUCUCCACAGUGAAGGCGACCAUGUUGGGACGGACAAACAUCAGUGAGGAGGAGUCUGAACAGGCGACGGAGAUGUUGGUCCACAACGCUCAGAAUCUGAUGCAGUCGGUGAAGGAGACGGUGCGUGAGGCCGAGGCAGCGUCCAUCAAGAUCCGCACGGAUGCCGGCUUCACACUGCGCUGGGUCCGGAAGACCCCCUGGUACCAGUGAGGAGGGACACACACACACACACACACACACACACACACACACACUCGGGUCCAGUCCCAUCUGAUGAGCAGCGGUUCCACUUUCACUUCCUUUUCUAUCGUUUGUAAUAAAACUGCAGGUUUUUUUCACUCAGAUCUCGACUCUAUCUUUUUUAUAUUUAAACCCUUUAAUGCUGAAUUUUUUUUAUUCUCUGAAUUAUGGACCUGUUAAUAACUUUUCUAAUGUGUCUGAAUGUCAUGAUGAUCAUCAGAACGUUGAGUUUUUUUCAUCUGUGCCAGAAACACAAUGUCUGCUGAUAUAAAUGUCUGAAAGUGUUAUGAUGAUGUAAUCACAUUUUCUCAGAGCUGAAUUGAAAAUGCACUACAUUUUAUUUGGAGCUUGGCAGCAUUUUUUUUUUUUUUAAUUUACAUUAUUUAAAGCUGAGGUCUGUAACAUUUUACACAUUUAAUCAGAGUAACAGUUCAAUCAUUUCAAAGACGUGGAGAUAAAACUUGUUUUCCAUGUCGCACAUCUUGUACUUGUUUUUCAUUUCAAGUUUUUGUUCACUUUUUUUUUUCUGGCCCUGAAAUUAGCUCUGCCCACAUCUUGAAUGAAGCUGCUCAGCUCUACCCACUUUUAUUCGAAACAUUACAGUGCCUGUACUUUUAAAUGCUGCUUCAAAAGAGUCGUCGUGUUGCUUCUCAGCUUACAGUGGCGCUGAAAAACUGUUCAAAAUACGAGAGGAGAGAAGUAUAGUUUCAGAAAGAGUGGAGUAAUGAUGAUAUCCAUCGUUCAUAAUGAUCGAAUAUUAUGUUCGAUAUUGCUGGUUUUCAUGACGUUACCUGGUUCUAUAAAAUAUCCCAUCCCAUCUCAUUAUCUCUUACAGGAAAAACACACACACACACACACACACACCUGAAUAUUCUGUGGAGUCGUCAUGGUUGUGUCCCAAAAUGCAUAUUACUCAUUUACUGUAACUAUGGCAACGUGUGCAUGUGUGUAUUUACUUCUGAUACUAUCUAUUAGGUUUCUGGUCUUUGGGACGCAGUCAGAUUGUGUUUUUGUUUAUCGUGUCGCUAAUCAUCGACAUGCGCCUGAGGUUAGGUAGAUGUCAGAAUAUUCCAUGCUGGAGUUCUGGAAACAGAGCUGAGGGUUUUAUCUCCUGUGCAAACGUGGCAUUUUAUUUGGAUUAUUAUUUUUUUUAUCAUCCUUAUAUUUGAGGUAUUAUUUUUAAACUAAACACCAUUUAUAAUAACCGUAAUAAGCCUUUGGCUUGGUGCUUUAGUAGUGUCUCUUACACACACACGCGCACACACACGCUGUUGAUUCUCCUGCACACUCACUGAGCUGAACACACUAACACACUCGUGUAUGAGUGUUUAUAAAGUCUAUGCAUUUCUCACUGAUGGUAAUUGUUGUUUUUUUCUGUUGUUGUUGUUUGAUUGUGAGUAGUGUGAAUGUAAAUAAGAUCAGUGUGUGAUGUACCGCUCGCUCAUGUGCCUUAUAUUAAACCAACACACCACUUCUCAA